CCAGCCUGCUUACUGUACACAGGCCAGGAUCCCAAGCAGCAGGACCAAGCCAGUGAGAAGAACCGCCGUCCACUGAGAGCGAACUUGGAUUGUUUCCAUUAGGUAGACACUUAACUUUUCCAACUUUCUGGCUGCUAAAAUCAGGGCCUGGUCUUACCACAAUGCCAUUCAUCCUGUGUACCUGUCUCCUCUGGCUCUCAACCAUCCAGGCUCAGGACCUCAGUGCCACUGUGAGCACCAUUGGCCCUCACCGGGGCCUAGCUCCAACCAAUCUUGACUUUGCCUUCAACCUGUAUCAGCACCUAGUGGCCUCAGCUCCUGAUAAAAAUGUCUUCAUCUCUCCUGUGAGCAUCUCCAUGGCAUUGGCUAUGCUAUCCCUGGGAGCAUCUGGCCACACACAGACCCAGCUUCUGCAAGGUCUGGGCUUCAACCUCACCCAGACCACAGAAUCUGAGAUUCAUCAGGGCUUCCAGCACCUCCAUCACCUUCUGGGAGAGGCAAACACCGGGUUGGACAUAACCAUGGGCCGUGCGUUGUUCCUUGAUCAGACCCUGAGACUACUGGAAUCGUUCUCAGCUGACAUCAAACACUACUAUGAGUCAGAGGCCCUGGCCACAGACUUCAAAGACUGGGCUGGAGCCAGCAGACAGAUCAAUGACUAUGUGGAGAAUAAGACCAAGGGAAGAAUUAAGGAUGUGUUGUCAGACCCGGGUAGCCCAACCAAGCUCAUCCUGGUUGACUAUGUCUUCUUCAAAGGCAUAUGGGCAUACGCCUUUGGCCCAGAAAACAUCAGGGAUAUGGACUUCCAUGUGAGCGAGAAGGUCACGGUGAGGGUUCCCAUGAUGUUCCAGUUAAGCACCGUCAAAUACCUUCACGACACUGAGCUCCCCUGUCAGCUGGUGCAGAUGGACUACGUGGGCAACGGGACUGUCUUCUUCAUCCUUCCGGAGCCGGGGCGCAUAGACACAGUCAUCGCCGGGCUGAAACGGAGCACAAUUGAGAGAUGGGCCAGUUCCCUGAGCCCUCGUCUCAUGAGCAUAAUCAUCCCAAAGAUGUCCAUCUCUGGCACCUACGACCUGGGGGGCGUGCUGGCGGAAAUGGGCAUCACGGACAUGUCUCCUGGCCACGGGAAUUUCUCCGAGAUCACUCAGGCGACCCCGCUGGAGAGGUCAAAGAUCGUCCACAAGGCCAUGCUGCACCUCAAGGAGAAAGGACGGAAGCCUCUCGAUCCCAGGAAGGUCACUAAAAACACAGCCUCUAAGAUUCCCACCUUCAUCCUCAACCGGCCCUUCCUCAUCCUGGUCUUUGAUGAUUUCACGUGGAGCAGCCUAUUCCUGGGCAAAGUCGUGAACCCCAUCUGA